CACAAUUUCAUGCUCCUCCACUMCUUCACAUUCACCAACCCCUGAUAACAAAGAAAAGAAAACAAAAAGAACCACCCGACAACAACACCAACUACUACAUCCCUCCUCCAGGCUCAUCUUGAUCAGGCUCUCUCCUGUUAUUCAGGGGGUGAGUCUAGUAUCCAGGAUGCUGAUGAAUCAAUGCAACCAGCUGGGGAUGGAUCAAUGUCCCCUGAUGAAGACGCAUUGAUGUUCCUGUAGGCUGAGGACACAUUGAUACCUCCGGAUGAGGAUGAAUUGAUGCACCUGGAUGAGGAUGAAUUGAUGUCCCCAGUAGAGGAUACAGAGGCCCCCUCCUCCACAUUAGACACAGAAUGGACCCCAAGCAACACCCUUGAUGACACUCAGCUCCCUGGCUCCUCUCCCCCUCCAUCCAAUGACAAGGACAGCCAGAACAGCACACUCAAACAGAAGAAAAAUCUCACCACUAAAGACACACUACCAGAUGUCUCCAUGGAAAUGGUACCAGUAGCAGCUCUUCAAACUACCAAGCUGAGUACCUUAAGUGAUCUUCCAGUCAGUCAUGAAUCCAAAGUGAUUGUAUUAGGUGAAGUUACGRUUCCCUUUGAAAAAUCCAAAGUAUCAUUAGGCCCAACAAAACAGUCCCUUAAGUGUGACUUACAAGCCCCAAUUUAGAGAACCCAGAAGCAAAUGACUCCAUUGAGUCUCAGUCCCUGAAGAAUAACUCAUCCAAUGACCCCAUUAAGUGAGCUAUGCCAGAUUCAGACAUGCCCCCUUUGGAGAGCCCAGCAGAGAUGUCCCCUGAAGAUCCACUGAAUGACUACCUUCAAUGCAAUGGUUCUGCCCCUGGCUCUGUUAAGUGUAUUGUACAAGCACCUCCUGAGAAGAACCCAGUGGAAAUGUCCCCCRCAGUCACAGAGAAGAACCCUGCUAUGAUUGCCACUGGAUCAUAUGCACCAUGAUCGUUGGCUUCAGGUCCGCACAACCCCCCCAAAAGGGCAUAUCCCUGGCCCAAAUAGCAGUUUUUAUGUUUCUAAGCAGGCCCAAGGGGUCUCUGAACAUGCCCUACUGUUAAAUACCCAGGGUCCAUCCUUAAAUACACAGUCUUUAAUCCCAAAGACCCUCAUAAAUACCAAUACACAUGCUGUUUCUACUUCAACCUCCUCUUCUGUCCUUGUUUCUGGUACUGAUUMUACAGCCAAGUGAGUGGAAGGGCGUUCACAUGAGCUACACAAGAACAAUACUAGUACCAAUACAAAUACGAAUGCCUCAGAAAACAACGUGUCCAACACGGACAAGUUAUGUUCUACUGUAUCUCCURCUGAAUCACCUACUAUGGACCAAGACAUCCCUUGAGCAGAUGGAACAGAUUGGAUCAAGGUCAUUCCAAAAAGAAGUAAAUGUUCUUCUGCUGCCAUCACUCCCUCUAAACAACGUACACCCAAGGCAGUCACAUUCUCCAGUACAGAGUCUACUACUACUACAACUACUACUGUGGCUACCACUGUAGCUAGCACUAGUACUGCAAGUCCAUCCGUUUCUACAACACCAUUGGUUGUUCCAAAGCUUACAUCCCUGGCCAAGAAACUUGCCCUCCCUGAACAGCAGCCCCUCCAAAAUACUGGUCCACUAAACAAUGAAACAUGAUUCAUGUACAAAUCUCAAUGUUCCGCAAUUCAACCUUAGACUUUAAUUCCUCUGCGUGUUGCUYGGAAGUUGCCUGCUGGUGACUUUUCUCAUGGUAUUGAUACUCCAAUGGUAACCAAUGACCCCUCCCAAACACAACCGAUUGAUCAUCCACUAGCACAGACCUUGCAUACGUUGUUGAUGGCCAAUGAAGGGGUCCCAUCUCCAUUUACAUUAGUAGUGAGCUGCCRUAUUAAUUGCCUUGAUGCAGCUUCCUAUGCCAACCYCUGUUCUAUUAACAGCUUGAAACAACACUUUGAGUAUUCCAUCAACUCCACUGACCACCGGGUCUACCAAACCCUUUGGCUUAACGCCCACUGACACCCAAUUCAACUGAUAGAGUUAUCUGGAACUUCAAAUGUUCUCUUAUGGAUACUCUUCAGGAGCAUUGCAUUUGGAUUGUUCAACAUACURCGAUUAUUAACUCAGUGCAGACCACAGAAGCUGUUUGGUUCAGUGGCAAUCACCACCCUGAAGCUAUUUCUCAGCCUAUCCUUCAAAAGAAAUUCAAUGCUUUAAUCCAAUCCUUUUUCCAUACAAACAGGAAGGAGUUGGAAUCUCAAGUUGCUUCCAAAAUGCCCGCUCUUUCCAAGUGGGAUGGCACUAUWCCUGAAGUCAUGGUCACCACAGUGUGUCCUUUGUGGAAAGGACUAGUGAAUGGUGUACAACAAAUCCAUGGCACACGUGCCACUGGUGUUGCUUGUCCAUUGUCACACAAAGCACUAGUCUGAUACAUUUUUGGUAAACUGAGUGAUAGUUUGCAUUCCAAUUUCAUUCGGAUGGUCAACACCACCUGGGCGUUUCCAAAACACCCUAUGUACCAACCCUUUGCCACUGCCAUCCACAAACAACAUCCCUAUCUUCAGUCUCAUUGCAUUGCCGUUAUCCACACUCUCAAUCACCAUUAUCCACGCUCUCAAUCACAAUGCACUUGGUCAUAUCGACAAACAAUUACUCCAACUAUGAGGAGUGGUCAGUAUUCACCCAACCUACGCCACUGAAUCUAAAGGUGAAUGGAAUUUAUUGACCCACAACUUGCCUCCUCCAAGCUCUGCACAGAUAGACAGCCUCCUCAAGACUGUUCCUAAAAGCAACCCCAAUAAAUUUCACACCAAAUCCUAUGUAUCUUCCAUCAUUGGCAGUCCCUCCUCAAUUCCUGGAUCAAUUGCUUGGCUUUCCUGUCCCCCCAGCUCCAUCUCUGCAUYUCCCAUGUCUCCUCCUCCACACACACCUCCACCAAAUGCUUGGACAAAGAAGCCUACCUUUGAUACUCCUGCAUCACAAUCCUCACAACCAACACUGUAUACUCUGACUCCAAACUUGGAGUGGUCCCAAAAGCUUGAGGCCCUGGAGACUCAACAUUACUCUCUCCAGGAAAAGUGUAGUACCGCCACCAUUGAAAAAGACCACAAGGAUCUUGCAACCAAACACAGGGCCCAUGAAUCAGCAAAACACUUUUUGGUCCAGACCAUUAACAAUCGCUUUGAAUAGCUUCUUAACCAAAUCACUCAGGCCAAAACCUCAGCAACUGUCCUUGACAAAUUUGACCAUCAACAAGGGGUCCUCAACAAUUUCUCUGACCACCUAAACAGCCAGCAGACAACACUCAACAAAGUGGCCACUCAGUUUACUCACAUCCAGAAUAUGAUCAAAGAACAAGAUCGUAUCAUUCAAGAUCUGCAACAGAUGGUGAAUCCUAUCAAUGUGCAACAGGUAGCUAAUCUACACAAAACCAUGAAAUCUGACCUGAAGACUUGGAGUGCAAGCAAACUUGAGCAAGAAAUCUUCACUACAGAGCUCAAGACUGCCAUUACCUCAAUUGAUGCAAAGGUUACCUCCCUGAACAACUCUCUUGUUGCAACCAACGAUGUUGUAACAGAAAACCGAAAGUCCUCUUUGGCACUGAGAUAGGAGCCAUGUUUUCACUUUGAUGAUGAUCUCCUCAUUUUGUGGGUCAAAUGAAUCAAGUCAGUCAUGAAGAUCCAUACAGUUGAGUGAAUCCUGGUGAAUGUAGAGUGUUGAUGGAUCAAAGAUAUGUAUCAUAGGUAUGAGUCAUAAAUACAACAUGAUGUGCUACUGACUGCAGCAUCUGUAAUACUACUAGUAGUACUACUACUACAAAGUAGGAGUAGUCCUUGUAGUCAUCAGUACUACUAGGACUACCACUAAUACUACCAAUACUAGUUCUUUGCCUCUUGUUUCUGCUCUACUACUAUUAGUACUACUACAGUAAUUCUAGUAGUAGUAGCUAACUCUUCUUUGGGGUGGUGGAACUACAUACUUCGCGAAGCAAGCCCAUUUCCGAUGUUGUUAUGAUCAAAUCUGAGAAUCUUCACAACAUUCCAAAGAAAAUCGAAGCACAACAAUCAAGGAAGCAACAUCAAGGCAGUCAAUAUCUCGAACUAGUUUUCAUCAGAACAACACCAACGUGAAGAACAUCGUCACACGAGGUUAGAAUAGACUGUAUCUGCUUUAAAAAUUUCUUAAACUACGGAAUAAUCCCUACCAUAGUUCAUGAUAACGAAGCUCAAAUGCUCAUCUUUGCUAAACAAUGAAUUUCUUUUCAUACACUUCCGCUAGGCUUUCCACAUCAAUCUCUCUUACUCCAAACCCGCGGACCCAAGCAAAAGCUCCCAGCUGCUGCUCCCGUCACCAUAUCCAACGCGAUUCCGGCACAACCUGCACGAGGCGCCCCCGGGAUUGUAUCUUCUUCAUAUCGAAUGUCGUCAUCGUCAGCAAAUUUGGAGGCGUUGUGUCCGACAGGAGUCAUCCCACACAUGGCCAUGUGAGGUACAUCAUUCUCACUUAGUCGCGGUGCGGGACUUCCGGCACGCGCAAUAUCUGCUCUUGGAGGGCAAAAAUCAGGAAAAAGUUUAUCUUCCUGAAAAGGAUUUGUGAUACCACAAGUUCCUGUCGUGGGCUCAGUGCUACCAUCAGCUGAUCUCAUUCGACGACGUUUCCUAAAUUGGAUCUGUUCCGGGGAGGGGGGUGCUUUCGAGGAUGAACCACCCUCGGAAGAUUUUCCUGCCUCACUGGCCUGCGACUCGCAUUUGUUGAGUUUUGGAAGUGAGGGAGGAGAAUCAACUCGCGUCUUGAUCGGAGUGUUGGUUCGAUCAUUUUCAUCAUUUUCCUUCUUCAAUGUUUGACCUGCACCCGGUGGGCUCACGACAGCCUUGUCAGUGCUUGCUUCAAUCUUWUCUGAAGAUUUAGUCAAAGUUGCUGCAUCAUCAUCUUUUGGAGCGUCAUCAGGAGAGUUCGAAGAGGCGUUUUUACGUUCAGCAUUGCUUUCUUCCUUUUCCUUGUCAGCACUCUUUUCUUUCGGUGACGACUUCGCAGUUGACUUCUUCUUUUUCUUGUCCAUGAGAGAACUCGCCGCGCUCUUCGUCGCUCUUACAUCUAGACCUUCUCUGAGAGCUUGUGAAGUCUUCGCUUCGGCUUUUGCAUCUCCAACUUCGUAAAGUUCUCCAGUUUCUUCAUCUUUCUUUAGAAACCGCCCACCACGUUUUCUGAUAAUCAACACAAUGGUUCGGGCUAAAAGGGGCUUUUCCUUGCGCCGUGCCAAGAGAUAGAUUGGCUGAAAUUCUUGAACCAGCUUGCGAAAGCGGCGAUUCCCUACUUGUGAGUUUGUACCACCGCCGCGUCCACAAAGGACGUCAUAUGAGUUCACAUCUGCGGGAGAUUCACACACCGGCUGUUUUGAUGCUGGUGUCGAGGGCUCAAGGGGUGGAUCACUGAUGUCGAAGUCUACCUCAGAAGCUGCCUUCGGAAGUAAUAUUCCUGAUUUCUCAUCCUUUUUUGCCUGGUAGUGGUGAUGAUAUUGAUGAUGAGGAUGGUAAGGAUAAUGAUGAUKGUAGUGAUCGUGCUCAUCGUAAGACCUUGGGGGAGGGCGACCGUAGUGUCCAGAAUGGGGCGAGUAUGAAUCGUAGUAGCCAUUGUUAUUUCCGCCUGGGGAGUAUCCAUACGAAUAUGGCGACACCUCAGAUUGAUGGGGUGGGUGAGACGAAGGAGAAUGUCCAUAGUAAGAUCGAUCGUGAUCAUAAUGUCUCCCGUGCCGUGGAGAUUCAGAUUGUGCUCCGUACGAUGCAUGGUGACUGUCAAAGCUGCUACCGUGCUCAAAAGACCCAGGAUAUCCCGAACUUCCGUAGUGCGGUGGCGAUGGAUCACUGUAUUGGCUGUAAUGGGGCGGGCGGCCUCCGUAAUGCGGUGCAUUUGGAGUUGUAGGGUGCGAAGAACUGUGAGGUGGGAAGUGCUCGGAAUCGAAAGAAGACUCAGUCACUACUGGAGGACGAGGCCUGUCCGGGGURGGGUAGCCCCAGGAUCCAUUGCCUUCAUCUCUACUUCGUUGGGCAGCCGAGUAAGGCCCUUCUGGUCUUCUCAUGCCAUAACCCCUUACUCGGGGGGGAGAGGAUCCAUUUCCAGCUGAUCGGCUCACAGGGGAAGCCGGUGGAUAGUGAUAUGACGACGAGCUAGAUUGUGGAGGGUAACGACUACUGGUGCUUCUAGGGGUCAACGGAGGAUGGUGAGGUGGACCRCCUGGAUGGAUUGGAUUGCGGCGAGGUCCAUURUGGUGAGAGGCGUGGAGAUCCUUGUGAUUAGGUGAGAUCACGUUUAGAUCCUCAGGACGCCUUCCUCCAGGUGGAGGAUAUUGUACAUGUGGACUGAACUGGGAAGUUGUCGGUGCCCCGGGGUACGGGGACCCAUUAUUGUCUUGCUGGUCAAAGGAGCCUGAGUUCGCGUAAGGAACUGGCUGAUAUGAGUGCCUGUAAUCCCCGUGCGGUGCAGCUGGAUGAGAGUGCGGAGGCGGAGGGUGCCCGUAGGAGCCAUACGAACCAGAACCAUGUUGUGCCGAUGAUGGGUAACCUACUCCCCGGAUUGSUUUGGGUCGCACCGGAUGUGGGGCUCGAAACACAUUUUGAUCCUGGCUACGAUGUGGUGGUGAGUCAAUCACGCUAGACUUUCCACUGCCCUCAAGAACCACCUCUACCCCUUCGUCAUUAUCAUUGCUAAUUUGACGCAUCUGGUACUCGUCUGGUUGAGAAUGCUGUUUCAUAUUUCGAGAUCCUCCUUCGAUCCCUUCAAUGUCGCAACGAUCAAUGCUUGCACUGGGAAAAAUGCGAUUGUCCGCUUUGCUAGGUCCACCGUCUUCUACGGACGUUGUUGCAACUUGGGCGGACAUGAUUAACAAUUGCUUAACGUCGGUACAGAACCUUUACGUUGGAAAAGACACAAAUGUUUCGUAUCUGCUGUUAUAGAAAUAAUGACUUCCAAAUGGUGUAGUAGAAACGACUUCGUCACCUCAAUGAAGUCACACAACAAAUUGAAUAUUUGUGGACUCGAGACGUUGAUGAAGAGGAUUUCAAAGGAAGGUUGAUGCAGUAACAAUAAUGUAAAUAGGGCUGU